AAUUCCAUCAUACCAACCAUCAUCAUCACAUCGAGCGGAGUUUAAUUUUUGCCGAGCCGAAUUACACAGUGGUCAAGCCGAUCGCCUUAUUGAUUACACCACUUCACGGAACCAUCUGCUGUUCCGGUGUUGUUCGGGUGGAUACAUUUAUAAGAUCACUCAGUCCACCAUGCGGAUUCUUUUAGCAACCGCCGUCCUUUUGGGCGUUGCCGUUCUAGCAUACGGCCAGAGUUCCAGUUACAGCGACAACAGCGGCACAGCGACCAUGGCCAGCGCAGCCUCCAGCAGCUACGGAUCCAGCAACAAUAACGCUGCCAGCUCAUACGGUGGAUCCAGCGGCGGCGGAAGCUACGGCGGAUCAUCCAGCGGUGGUUAUGGCGGAUCAUCCAGCGGUGGUUAUGGCGGCAGCACCGGCGGCUCCGGCGGAGGCUAUGGUGACCUUUUCAGCUUCCCCUUCGGUUAUUCUAGCGGUUACGGCUACGGCUACAGAAGGUACAUCCCUGUGCCAUGGUGGAUCUGGUACCCAUCCAGCUUCGGUUACAACAAGGGAUUCGGCUUUGGCAUGAACGGUGGUGGAUUCGGUGGUGGAUUGGGAGGUGGUGGCGGCGGAUACGGCGGUGGUGGAUAUGGAGGUGGGGGUGGCGGCGGCGGAUAUGGAAAGUAAAAGAGUUAUCGAUGAUAGAGCGGAAACGGCAGUAGUGACGACAUCGGCAAAUGUUAAUCAGGCCAUCCGGUCAUUGUUUAAUAUUCUCACCGGCUUCCUCAUCAUCUACUGCACGCUUUCGUGUCCAAUUAACAAAACCGCCCAUUCCAACGUCUCUCAAGUUCAAACCGCGCAUUGCCUGCAUCUCAACACACAAUCAACACACUUCCGAUUCGUGAUGACCUCUCUGUAAAGUCCGCCUGAGGCAAACCGUACUUCAAGCUUUUUUAACAUCCGCUCAGUCUUUGUGUCAUCUGUUCUUGUAGUUUUUUUUUGUUCCGUAUUCCUCUCUGUAUAACUGUUUUUUUUGGUGGCUGGUCCAUCAAUCGACGUCGAGUUAUUGUUUGUAUAAUGCCGUAUAACACUGAUGAGAAAAUUAUAUUCUGACCCUGUUUGCUCAUAACCGCAAUUUUGACUUGUGUCUGUACAAUGCAUAGUUGUUGGCUAAUAAGAUAACGUUAACUGUU